AUCUCAUCAAUAACCAUAGAAGUAUCCAUGGGGAUGCCCCUUCUUGUUCUGGCCAGCAGUGGCACCCAGCGAGACCACCAGCCCGAGGCAGGAGUCCCAGCUCAUUUUUCAGCCCCACAUUCCCCUCGCGUGGUGGGCCUCACCCACCUCAACCCACAGGACACUGGAGGAAGAGCUACACUCUCAGUAGCAAGACCAGCUCAUCCCAGCACAGUAGACCUACUACACAGACUGCCAAGCCCUCUCUAGAGCAGCAGGGUAGACCAAUACAGAUUACCAAGCCCUCUUUAGAUUCUGCAGCACCCAACUCCUCUACUGGGUUCCUGUCCCUUCAUGCUACAGAUACCUUACAGUCCAGCCACAGCAGUAAGGACCCAGCUAGAGGAGAGAAGGAUGGAACAAAAUGGGCUACGUCUAGGGAUCUAACAGGGCCAAGGGGCCAGCAGUACGCACUCACAGGGGGAGUGAGACGAUCUAUGAUGGGGACAGGCAGUGGAUCCACAGCUAUAGAGACAGAGACUGAACCCGGCAGAGGAAGGACAGGACCUGGGGGCAAGGCUGGGCUGGGAGUUUCGGCGAAGAGCAUAGGACUUGGGCUGCCUCUGAUAAUGACCGCCCCUGGACAAAUGGACUUGUCAGGUGUCCCUGCCAAAAUUAUCACCAUUGCCACCAGGUGCCUCUCUCCGUCCCAGGUCCAAGCUCACCUCAGCCCAGCCAGCCUCCUCUCCACAGAACCACUCCAAGUUUACCUGGGUGAAGAGCCAUCAGCCAGGAGGAGUCAGGCCCAGCCAGGCCAGAAUAGAGUCCCGGCCCCAGAUAAUCUAAUCACAUCUGUCACCACCACAGUCUCCCAUUCUGGGGUCCCUAGCAGUUUCUCAUCCAGCCCCAGUUCCAGUAGGAAAGCCUUUGCCCCCAGAAAAAAGGUUGCCCGUAGGCUCAGUUUAUCCACUGCAGUCCCUAAGACCUCCAAGUACACCUGGGUGUCCUCCGCUGCAGGGGUCCAGGCUAGGCUGUCCCGGAAGCCUCUCUCACCCAAAGACCUGGCCCUGGCUCUGCCCCAGAGAGCUGCAGAGGGGUUGGUUGCCAAGAAACCAAAAUCCCCAAAUCCUUUAGCCAAGCAGCGUAAGGCAGCAGCGGCCUCCUGCUCUACUACCCUCAGUAGUCGCUACUGCUGGAAGGCAGGUUCUGGGGGAGGGGGGCAGACUGGCUCUGGGACAGGGUCCAGAGGUGGGUCUCUGUUCCGCUGGACCUCUGAGAAAGAGAAUGGGGCCAAGGGGGGGUCCAGUGUCCCUCCAUCUGUAACUCAACGCACCGCCUCCUCUUCCCCUGGAGGGUUCAAACUCAGGAGCAGGAUGAAGAUCAUCAGGAGGUCAGUUAGCAGUGGGUCUGGGGCAGAACGGAGAUCCAGCCCAGCAGCCAUGACCCUGAUCAGCCGCUACUCUCUGCGCCUUAGGACACACACUCUGGUCCGGACACAAACUGCAGUGAGGACACGCACCCUUGUCCAGAGCCCGGGGGGUGUGAAGAGGACCCCGUCCCUUGAACUGGUCUCAUUUGGCAGACACAAGCUACGAUGUCUCUCCCCCAACCCCUCCAGGACAGGUAGGAAAAGAGAGCUUGGAAAAAGGGGGCAAACACACAUGAUGUACAGUCUUAUUGGGGCCAGUAGGUUUUUCUGACCUUGGCUAGUGACCUGAACAAAAAAACAUCUUCCAUGUAACUCCAAAAUCAAUGGAGGAAUUAAUGGAGUUCUUUUACAUUCUAACAUUUCAAUUUUUAUAAGUUUCGCUAGCAGGGUUCGGGUGAAUUCCACAAAUUAAAUUCCAACUCAAUUCCCUCUCCCUAUAAAUUCCAUCAAUUCAACAUUCCAGCAGGGUUGGGGUCAAUUCCU